UGCCAUGAAAACUGACGGACGGUUUUUAGUAACCGUAGUCAUAGCGUGCUCAAUAAUACUGGAAACACCACCAGCUGCGUCAAAACAUGUCGGUGGAAUCAUAAACGAAAGUCAACAGAAUUUCGUUUUCGUGUCUCGGUUUGUUUUCCAACCAGAUGAAUACGGGGAGCUAGUUUUCACGUUUGUUUAUCCAUUGUCGCAAUGUUGUUACCAGCUUCUUAUCUUCAACGAUCACGUGACGCAAUGGCCUUACAUCAGGCAACAUGAAGAUACCUUGUCAUGCAUUGAAAAGCGUUCUUUAUUGGAUGGAUCUUAUAAAACCACGGUAAACCUCAGUGAGGCGUCCCACUGCAAGAUUAACACACAUAACGAACAGGAGUUAUUUUGUUUUGGAAAGCAGACGUUCGAGCAUGCUGAUGAACGAUGGUGGUACCUGACAGUUGCCAACUGUGAUGGCAAAGGGAUACAUAGUCUGCGCUUUAACAUCAACAUGACAAAUGGUCGCCGAGCGCUUGAUAAACAAUUUUCAGCAGACGAACGUUAUAUUCUUGAAACAGAUGCUGUGUUUCUUGGAAUAUACUGCAUCACCUGCGUUGCACUGUGCCACUUCAAAAAUCAACUGCGCAGACGCCGUCUUCUGCACAAUACCUACCAGCUAUUUGCGUGGUCAUGCUACAUACAAACUCUCAGUAUUUUCUUGCAAGUAGUGGCCUUGAUGGAAUAUGCUACAAACGGCAUUGGACUGCCUAACCUUAAAAUUAUCGGAGAAGUUGUAUCAUCGUGCUCUAGCGUCAUAUUCGUUCUACUUCUUAUUCUCGUUGCUAAAGGAUACACUGUUACCAGGUUGGUAUCAAAAAGGAUGAAGAGGCUGUAUUUAAAUCGUUUUCAUCUUUGAUCUUCAACGAAUUCAAACUAAAGGAGAAUGACGGCACUGAUGCUGACUCAAAUCCGGGAUCAAGAAACGGCCUUGAACAAAACGAGUACCGGGAUGAGGCCGAUGAAUCGACCUAAAGGCAUGCUAAGUUUGUCUCCCCGCAGUAAGUCGGCUGGAUGAAAGAAAAUACAACGAAACGAACAAUGAUUAAAUCUGCAGUUCUAACUCAGUUUACAUGUAAAGUGGUUAAUUAAUUAUUCAUACGGCCUUCAUAUAACAGAAUAUUGUGGAUAUUGUUGAUAAUGUCAAUAAUAAAUAAUGAUCAGGAAAAUGUCA